GGCGUGUACUUCAAGGGUCCUUCCGGCCUGUAGGAAACUGCACGAGCGCCUCAUUUGCCGCAGAAGAGCCGAGAAACCUGCCUCUUUCACCAUCGGAUAAAACCCGGAGCCGCACGGUGUCAUAAUGUCGAUGCUCGGAACCGUCGCUAAGCAGCUCAAGAACCACCCAGCUUUGAUCCCCUUGUUCAUCUUCAUUGGUGGUGGUGCAACCAUGAGUGUUCUGUAUCUUGGCAGACUUGCGCUGAAGAAUCCUGACGUCUCCUGGGAUCGCAAGAACAAUCCUGAGCCUUGGAACAAAAUAGAGCCUAAUCAGCAGUACAAGCUUUUCGCAAUAAACAUGGACUACUCCAAGAUGAAGAAGGACCGACCUGAUUUCUAAGCCCCCACUCUGAUACUGUCACCCUCCUAUUUUGAGCCUUUUCAAAACUGACUGAAGUUUGCUGCAGUUUUCAUCUAGUCAGUGCAUGAAGCGUGAAAAUCGGUGCAAAUCGUGUUUAUCAAUGACUGCAUAAAUAAAACAGGCAAGCACCUGUAUGACGGAGUAAUUGAUGAAUUUAUUUUGAACUCUACUGUGUUUUAAAUUAUUAAAAGUGUUCAAAAAUC